AUGGCAACCACACCGUCGCAAAAAUCAUCAGCUAAAUCGUCUGUCAAGCCCAACAAGACCGUCAUCCUUCGAUUAGCUCCCCAUCUUCUCAAGAAGUUCAGCCCGCUAUCCGAAGACGCCUCUGAGCCAUCACCCACCGCUUCUCCUGCACCAGCUUCAACUCCCCUCAUCAACGCUCCAGCACCUGACCCGUCCGAGACGAAUGGCACUCCUGCUCCUGGUGCCGAUGCUGCUGCCACAGACAACAACUCGCUAGCUCCUCCUCCGGCAGUCAACGGCAAGAAGAAGGGUGUUCCUGGUCCCAAGCCUGGAACAAAGAGAACUGCUGCUCAGGCCGAGGCAGGUCCGAAUGCAAAGCCUAGAGGAAAGCCUGGCCCCAAGAAGAAGCCUCGUCUGGCUGACGGAACCAUUGACAGAACUGCCGAGGGCACAAAGAAGGGUCCAUUCGGCGGCGUAGCUCCCAUUGCUACACACAAGCUAGGACCAAAGGCCAACACAGGUGCUAUCAACGCCGGCCUCCGCGCACUGGACAGAUCAGGCAAGCCAUGCCGUAGAUGGGAGCGCAAGGGCAUUCAACUCAAGAGCAUAUCUGGUGUUGCAUGGACGGUAGGAUCAUGGGCGGCACCGCUCAAGGACAACUCGUCUUUCAGCGGCGACGUCAAGAGCGAGAACUCGUCCGACAGUCAAGCAGACAACGCCAGGCUGGCGAGCAGUGCACUUCCGAGCGAUAGAAGCAUCAGCGGUGGAGCAGCCAAGGCAGAAACUGCUUUGGAGAGCUCGCCUGCGCCAGCAAUGCCUGUCGAAGCAUGA